AUGAACUCAACCACAAUACCGUCCGGCCCUAUCUCCGGCCCACUGGGCCUCCAGAUGCACUGGCUGGCACAAUCAGCCUACUCCGUGCUCUCACGGUACCGGCCCGAGCUCGAGACGCUCUUCGUGCUCGUCAUGUACUCGCCCUUCCUCGUCCAGACAUUCUCGUACUCUUCCGCCAAACUCACCCGCGCGAGGGGCUACCCUUACCUCCCCAUGCUCGCGCACAUCUUCGCCGGCCCGCUCUACGUCCUCCGCUACCACGCCCGCUACGCCGCGCUGCGCGUGUGGCCCAAGCCGGACACCACCGACCUCACCCUCUUCGCGCUGUUCAACGUCAGCUCGUUCCUCCUCGAGCUGCGCCGGUCCAGGAGCCCGUACUCGACCGCGGUCAUCCGGUCGGGCUUCCAGGCGGCGGUCCUGAUGCACGCGGUCGUCUUCGCGGCGUCCUGGUUUGGGGGCAGAGAUGCCGGGCUCUUCAGGGCCAGCGUCAAGUUCCUCAACUGGUUCGCCUGGUUCCGGCUGACCGAGAAGGCGUUGCCUGUCAUGGACCCGCGCCUGGGGCAGAUGAAGAACUUUGCUACAAAGUUUGAGCUCACGAUGGUCAUGUCUGCGAGCCUGGCUGUGUGGGAGGCCGGGGUCCCUGCUGGCGUGCCCGUCAUCGUCGGGAUGGUGGCGGCAACCUUGUUGGGAGAGCGUGUGCUUGCUAAGAUGCUUCUGAGCUACCCCGAUGACAGCCCUGUAAAGCAGUUUGUUCUUGCUUCAGGUUAUGUUGACUUCAACUACAUCAAAGAGAAAACGAGCUCACCUGUCGGUUCAGAGGUGGAUCCAGGUGAUGGAACCAAGGUUGAAUUGUAA